AAUAAUUAUUUGUGCUUUUAUUUUGAAAGCAACACGCCCAACCGGAAGCCGUCCUUUAACACCUUUAGUUUUCCUGCCUCGGGAGUCUUCUGUGAGCGGCACGGAAACAUAGAAGCCCGGUGUCCGGUAAAUUUACCUGAAACUGAGGAAAGCCAGCACCCAGGGACGCUUAAUAUGACGGCGAGGAGUAACGUUACCGACCGUGUGUCGACUGCUGGAAGCUGAACGAAGAGUAGACAACCGCAUCCGAAGAGCGGAAGUUGUUGAACCGACCAAAACACUCCGAGUGGACACGACGGUUUCCAUUUAUUGUCUCGUGCAGUGUGCAGAGAAGACCUUCUUGGAGUUUAGGAGUUUGAAUAACUAAACAGGCACCUCGGCAGACCGGUGCUAUGAGCAGUGAGCUGAACGUGCCGAUGGGUUCUCCGGCCCCAGGGGUCUCAGAGCGGGCUUCAGGCAGCGGGGGGAUGGACUACAGGGACUGGGUGAGACGCAGUUACCUGGAGCUGGUCAGCUCCAACCACCACUCGGUGCAGGCCCUGUCCUGGAGGAAACUCUACCUGAGCCGGGCCAAGCUGAAGGCCUCUAGCAGGACCUCUGCACUGCUCUCUGGCUUCGCAAUGGUGGCCAUGGUGGAGGUGCAGCUGGAGAUGCAGUACAGCUACCCUCCUGUGCUCCUCAUUGCCUUCAGCGUGUGCACCACCGUGCUGGUGGCGGUGCACCUCUUCGCCCUGUUGAUCAGCACCUGCAUCCUGCCCAACGUGGAGGCCGUCAGCAACAUCCACAACCUCAACUCGGUCAGCGAGUCACCCCACGAGCGCAUGCACUACUUCAUUGAGCUGGCCUGGGGCUUCUCCACGGCCCUGGGCAUCCUGUUGUUUUUAGCCGAGGUGGUGCUCCUCUGCUGGAUCAAGUUCCUGCCUGUAGACUCCAGCGGGGUCAAAAGGGUAACCGCCUGCUGCACCACAACGGUCACCGCUGGCGCCAAGCCUACGACACCCCCAACUGUAUCACAGAACAGCGGCUGGCAGGCUGCGCUGGCAUCCACCAUCAUCAUGGUCCCAGUGGGGGUGAUUUUUGUGGUGUUUGCCGUUCACUUCUACCGCUCUCUGGUGGGCCACAAGACGGAGCGUCACCACCAGGAGAUCGAGGAACUGCACAAGAUAAAGGUACAGCUAGACGGCCACGAGCGAGGCCUUCAGACUGUGUGAAAACAUGAGUGCAGCCUUCAGGACGUCCCUCUGUGUGUCAUUAUGUAUCUCGUCUCUGACAGUUGUCCUGGUCAUUGUUAAUGCCUUGCUGGUAGGCAGUGGGCUUAAAAGCUCCUCACUUUGCAGCACAGACAGCCAGUACACGUCAGAGUGCUACUUUAUUCUUAAGAUGCGUUGUAGGACCUUGUGUCUGUUUUAGAUCUGUUCUAUGUCUCGCUCAAGGAUAAUGUAAAAGGUUUACAGAAAAAGGGCUAUUAUUUUCUGUGUGCCAUUUUUCUUUUUUUGUGCCAUGUCUAUUUUAUCAUGGUUGGGUGUGGUGACGAAAGCGGGUUCCAUUUUGGAUCUGGUUCCAUCUUGGCAAAAUACCUGGAUUCACUGUGAGGCUAACAAAUCUCUUAUUGGAUCUUAGAUCUCCCCUCACGCCUCGCCAGCAAAGAGCUGCCAUCAUUCUCGACAGAGGAAAUAGUAAAUGCCAUAAAUAUCUUGUCAUAAUGCCAAAAUAUGUAACUUGACUGAUUAUUGUGAUCACUGUAAGCUGGUUUCUGUGCUCAGCCAAAGAUUUGUUUGUUAAAGAAAGAAGAACAGGAUUCAGGCUCAGAAGCUGAUUACAGAUCUGAUACUUUGAGAUUUAGUUAUUUAUAAAUCUAGUUCUUUGCAAAUGUUUAAUGCUAAAUGGACUCAAUAAGAGAUUUUAACCCCAACCCUGAUCCAUAGUGAGUGCAGGUCUCACUGUUUCAACUAAACCUUCAACUCAGUCUGGAUUAUAUUAUUCAUAAAACUGAGCUUGUUGUUUUCACUGUAAAGUGUCAUGCAUCACAGUGCAAGACGCUUGGUCUAUGGUCGACUGAUUGAGGGCUUCUGUAAAGUCUUAAAAUGUUUUGCAUUGAAAGUCUUGGGAGGUCUUGUGUUUUUGUUAUUUAUUUUUUCGGGCAUUUUAGGCCUUUUAAUUCUACAGGACCGAUGAAGACAUGAAAGAGGGAAUGACGUGGAGGAAAAGGCGGAGCCGAACUCACGGCUGCCGCGUCGAGGAGUAAACCUCUGUAUAUGUGCGCCUGCUCUACCAGCUGAACUAUCCCGGCCACCCGGGAGGUCUGUGUUUUUACAUCCAACAUCCCAGACAAGCCCAAACAUCAUUUUCCUCCUUCAGAAAGCUUUUAUUGUCUUUGUUAAGACCAUGGCGGCUGUGUAAAAGGUGUCAAGCCAAUCGAUUCUGCAAACCGAUGCUGCUCAAAGUUCUUGUAUAUGAAUGUGUUACUGUCCAAAUAUAGUUCUGCCUUACAGAGUGAUUGCCUUUUAUGAACUGCUGUUUUGCUAAAGGUCAUAAACCCAAGCAGAUAUUUUUUGCUGGAAAUGUAGUUGAGACAAAGCUUAAACCAAUGAAGUUUACAGGUGGAGUCUGCGAUUCUGGAGAUAGAUUUUUGAACUCAACACCCACAUAAAUGCCAAGGAACUAUAGGUUUCCUUAAGAAACAACUUCCCGUCAGUGCUCCUUUUUUACGGCCCUCUUGCUCCCUCUGCUUUUCCCUUUACACAUCCAUGGCCAUUCCCCUGUCCUGUGCACAAGCACGCUGGAAUAGUGUUGUGUGGCUCAGACUGAACCACUUUGUUCGUUCCCCAUUUACAGAGCCAGGGCUGUACAUGAACACCGGACAUUGCACAUACAGUACAGACCAUGAGGAAAUACUCACUGAAUUUGACAAAAAGUGUAUUUGAUUAGAAUUGCAGACCCAACCCUUAAUUGUUCAGUUGGAUUUGGAUGGAAGUGAGAACAGUCACAGAGUACAUGUUGUGACCUUCAGUUUAUGAAGUAAAUACUGGAGAGCUUUCAGUAAGUGUGGGUUAAAGGCUCCGACUCACCAACCCGAUUAUCGGCCGUCGGACUAUCUGGCGAGGUCGGUGACUCGAGUCGGUCGGAGGAGCCGUUCACUGUUAAAACACUUACUGGAAAUGACGAGCAGGAUGAGCGUGACAAGCACCUCAAAAUCUGAUGAAAUUCUUUCAAACUGUUUUUUUGAGGUCAGACAGAUUCAGCAACAUUUAACAUUUAAAGAUGUUCUCAUUUAAAGUGAGAAAUAGGCCAUACAGGCCUAUUUCUCACUUUAAAUGUUUUCAGAAACACGUUUCGGUAAACUAAUUGAUUAAAAUACGAGAUCGUAUUCCGAACGAGACGCCAUUAUGGUCGGUUUUGAAAUUCGGGAGAAGCCAGACCCUCUUGAUGCGUUCAUUUACGGUUUUUAUUUUUUGACUGACAAUGCAGAUUAGCGCCGCCUGCUGUUAAGGAGGCUUGCGUCUCGUGAACGCGCAGAACGUAUGCUUAAGUCGCCGUAGCUUCGGUGUGUUCCGAGGCACUGUUUGGACCGACGGGGGCCGAAUGAUCAGUCCGGCUGCCUUUUCUGCCGUCAGUCGGUCUUCGGGUUGGUGUGUCAGAGCCUUUACACUCACCAGUCUACUUCUUUGGAUGAGGACCGAGCAUGUUACUGUGUUUAAAAAAAGAAAAUGUACCAAUCACAUUCCAAAAAAAAUGACUGACCAAAGUGUUGCUCAGUUUGUUGAUUCUCAGAAGAGACAGAAGUGCACUUGUAGUUGUACAGUGAGCGAGUGUCUGGGUUCUUGUCAGAGAACAUCUUGCUUUGUCUUGUGUUUCUUGCAUUUGUGCUUCUUAAAUGAUGACUACAGAGGUCAUGGAGACCUGAGUUUGAAGAAAAAAUGUACAACCUGCCACAGACUUCUAUAAUAAAAAAACAACGUUAAAGUUCU